AUGAGCACACCCUACACCAAAGCCCUGGCCGCCAUCGACGCAGCCCACGCCUUCGACCCCAAUAAAGUCACGAUAGACGGCGCUGAAAUCCCUUACGAACUCCACUACGCCCAAAAAUGCACCUCGUACCUCACCAAACGCUGCCCCACCGCCUCGGAGCCCUUGCGCCUUGCAAUCCGGGCCCAACACUUCCGCCGCUGGGAAGUACCCCGAUCCUCCUACCCAAUGACACGUCCGGGCUAUCACGCCUGGCGCUCGUUCCUCAAGACGCGACAAGCCUCGCUCGUCGAAGCCAUAUGUCUGGAAUCCGGCUUCAGCUCCGAAGACGCGGCGACGGUGGGGGCGUUGAUACGGAAGGAGGGGUUGAAGGUGAAUGAGGAGACGAUGGUGUUGGAGGAUGUGGCUUGUUUGGUUUUUCUAGAUGAUCAGUUUGAGGCGUUUGAGAAGGAGCAUGAUGAGGAGAAGAUUGUGGGGAUUUUGCGGAAGACGUGGGGGAAGAUGAGUGAGGAGGGGAGGAGGUUGGCGGGGGAGGUGAGAAUGGACGAGAGAGGGAGGGAGUUGAUGGCAAAGGCGCUUGAGGGUUUGUGA